GUCACGGCCGUGAUUCGCGGUUCAGGGGGCCACGCUGCCGGGGACGCUAGUUGUGUGGGAGAGGCUCGGAUGGUUCGCUCGGGGACGGGCCGGCGUGGGCGUGAGGGGUCUGGGCGCGCGCGUGAGGCGACGGGGACGUGCGGCGAGGCGCGGGGGCGUGCGCGGAGAGACCGCCCGGUUCUGCCGUCACGCCGGCUCUGCGGGGGCCCGGCGCCCCCAUGGGAGACCCUGUUCUCUUCGAAGAGCCGCCGCUGCCACCGUCGUGACGGGAUUGCUCCCUGUCGACCUUCCAGGGCUUCUCGCAGAGAUGAUGCUGAUGUACACACUCGAGGGAGUGGGAGAGAUGGAAGGCAGAGAAGCCAAGUACCAUGUCUAAGUCAAGAAUUCUGGGGGCUUGACCCAAGGCCAUGGCAGUGGAAUGCAGUGUGAGAUGUUUAGGAGAGCAAAUUUACAGGGGCAGGGAGAGAGAAACAGUGAUGUAAGAGAGAAACAGCAACCAUUUGCCUCCUGCACACACCCCAACCAGGGAAGGAACCUGCAACCCAGGCAUGUGCCCUCACCGGAAAUUGAACUGGGGAUCUUCCCGUGUACAGGAUAAUGCUCCAACCAACUGAGCCAUGCUGGCUGGGGCUUGGGGGGCACCAUUUAUUAAUUUUAGGGAUUCAUGUCUUUCAAAACAUUUGAAAUAAGAAAUAGCAAAAUCAUUUUAUUUACUCUAUUCACUUGGAAAAUAAUGAAAUGCCAAUAAUCUCUCUAGCUCACUGGUUUAUUGUACAAGGAUAUAACUCAGGAGCAGCCAGAUGGAAGAGAUCCUGAGGGCCAGGGGUGUGGGGAGGGGCACAGGGCCUUUCAGCCCUCCCCAGGGCACCGCCCUCUUGCAUCUCUACAGGGUCACCUACCGGAAGCUUCCAGGUAUUUUCUUAUCUCAUGAAUAAUCCUUAUCAUGUGUCUGGCAGUGUUCUGUUUUACAAAUAUUGACUCAAUUAUCAUAAUAACUCAGUGAAGUAGGACUAUUUUGUCCCCAUUGUACAGAUGAAAAGACUCUGAUAACUGAAAGGUUAAGAAACCACCUUGUAAGUAAUGGAGCAGGUUUUUGAAUCCAGGCAGUCUGGCUGUGGAAUCCAUGCUGUUAGGCACAGUUAGAGCUAUGCAUCUGAGAUUAGGGGACGAGGUUGGGUUAGAAGACAGUGGUUUAUCCAUUGUAGACAGAACACUUGGUCCCAUUGUGUAUCCUGUAGUGGGAUAGACAGUGGGGACAAAGCAAGAUGUGCUGUUGUGCUGUGUCCUAAGAGUGCCCUGGGGCUCACUGAAAAUCGAGACUGGAGAAGACUGAGGAUUCAAUGUUUAAGCUAAUCAUGAUUUUUGAAAUCAUUAGAGAAGAAUAAGAAGUACCAAAGAGGAAAACUAGGCGAAGGAGGAAACAGUCUGUAAAGAGCUUCAAGAACAAUUGAGAGGCCAGCAGUGCCCUUUGUAACAGGGGUCAUUGCUGAGACUCAUUCACCGGCGUGGGGGCAGAAGCCAUAGUGCUUUUAUUUACAUUAAUGUGCAUAGAACUGAAAUGGAAAUUAUUAACAUCUUCAGAAGGCAAAGUGGGUAAAUCAUGUAAAGAAAACAACAUACAGAAAAACUAUACAUGUAGACAUAGCAAAAAUAUUCAAAUGAUAAUCAAAAUAUGGAAAUUCAAAAUAUAGUCUAAAUUUAAAACAAGUUAAAAAUACAAUGUUUAUAGACUUCUGCUUCUGGCCAAGAUGGAGUAACAGGGAGUGGAUUUACCUUCUUGCCCAAACAACCCAACAACAACAAAAAGACAAAGUACACGAAACAGUUGUUGGAAGACGCUGGAUGUCAGACAAUGCAGGACAGUCAUCCCUGUGAGAUGGAAAACCAACGAGCGUUGCCUUUUCAGAUCUGUCAUUACUCUGGAAAGCAUCGUCAGGAACGCGGAGGGCAUGGAGCCCAAGUCACUGACUGCCCGGUCCCCUACACUAGUGACCUUCAAGGAUGUACACGUGGACUUCACCAGAGAGGAGUGGAAUCUCCUGGAUGCUGCUCAGCAGAUCAUGUACAAAGAUGUGAUGCUGGAGAACUACAAGAAUCUGGUGUCCUUGGGACAUCAGCUUCCCAAGCCAGAUGUGAUUUUCCAGUUGGAGAAAGGGGAAGAGCCAUGGCUGGUAGAGAGAGGGAUUCGCCAAGACACCCAUCCAGAUUGGGAUGCUGCAGUUGAAAUUAAGUCAAUUUCCAAAAAGAGCAUUUCUAAAGAUAAACACCCCUGUGACAUUAAAAUGGAAGGAAUGGCAAAGAGUGAUCUCUGGUAUCUGUCAUUAGAAGAAGUCUGGAAGUGUGAAGACCGGUUGGACAGGUGUCAGGAAAACCAGGAGAGGCAUUUGAGGCAAGUGGCAUUCACCCAAAGGAAAGUACUUACUCCAGAGACAGUCAAUGAAAAUGGUGAAUUUGGGGGAAACUGUCUCCUUCCUGCUCAACUGGUGCUGACAGAGUACUUCCAUAAACAUGAGUCACGUGCUAAAAGUUUAAAAGAUGAUUUGGUUUUCAGAGGUCAUCAGGAAAGCUAUGUAAAUAACAGCAGUGAAUGUGGCCAACCCUUCUGUCAGAACAUUCAUCUUAUUCAAUUUGCAAGAACUCAGACAGGAGAUAAAUCCUACAAAUGCCCUGAUAAUGGUAACUCUCGUAGUCAUGACAGAUCCCUUGGUGUAUCAAAGGGUAUACACAGAGAGAAACCCUAUGAGUGUAAGGAAUGUGGAAAAUUUUUCAGCUGGCGGUCUAAUCUUACUAGGCACCGGCUUAUUCAUACUGGAGAGAAACCCUAUGAAUGUAAAGAAUGUGGGAAAUCUUUCAGCCGGAGUUCUCACCUCAUUGGACAUCAGAAGACUCACACUGGUGAGGAACCCUAUGAAUGUAAAGAAUGUGGAAAAUCCUUCAGCUGGUUCUCUCACCUUGUCACCCAUCAGAGAACUCAUACGGGAGACAAACUGUACACGUGUAGUCAGUGUGGCAAGUCUUUUGUUCAUAGCUCCAGGCUUAUUAGGCACCAGAGAACUCAUACUGGAGAGAAACCUUACGAAUGUUCCGAAUGUGGGAAAUCUUUUAGGCAGAGCACACAUCUCAUUCUGCAUCAGCGAACUCACGUUCAAGUGCGGCCCUAUGCAUGUAAUGAAUGUGGGAAGUCUUACAGCCAGAGAUCUCACCUCGUUGUGCAUCAUAGAACUCACACUGGGCUGAAACCCUUCGAGUGCAAAGAUUGUGGCAAGUGCUUCAGUCGAAGUUCUCACCUUUUCUCACACCAGAGAACCCACACUGGAGAGAAACCAUAUGAAUGCCAUGACUGUGGAAAAUCCUUCAGCCAGAGUUCUGCCCUCAUUGUACAUCAGAGAAUUCAUACUGGAGAGAAACCAUAUGAAUGUUGUCAGUGUGGGAAAGCCUUCAUUCGGAAGAAUGACCUUAUUAAGCAUCAGAGGAUCCAUGCUGGAGAAGAGCCCUAUAAAUGUGACCGGUGCGGAAUCCUCUUCAGCCAGAGCUCUCCGCGUAUAUGCCAUCAAAUUGCUCACACUGGGGAGCAGUUCCUAACAUGUAAUCGGUGUGGGUCAGCGCUUGUCAGCAACCCUAACAUUAUUAGAUACCAGACAAAUCGUAUUAGAGAAAGUACUCCUUAAUGUAAUGAAUGCGGGAAAUUUUGCAUAAAGAACAGUAACUUUAUAUUUAGCUUUGGAGAACUCCUGGGGAGUGUGCAGAUGUAGUCCAUGUGGAAGUGCUUCCAGUCUUGUUGCUACCCUUUUUCGUGCUAGACACUUAGUCUUGGAGGGGGAACCCCACAGGUUUCACUUUAGUACACAGAUACAUUAGGUUUUAUUCUUUCCACAAACUUAAUGAAGGAUUUGGCCUGCGAGUAUUAUUGCCCAAGCUCUGACCACUAAAAUCUGAUAAGGAACCAUUAAGUAGAUGAGUUGUUGACAGCUAUUGUAUAUUCCCGUGAAUUGAUAGGCCAUUUUUACUCUCUUCUUGGAUACUUAAUGUUGUGUAAUCUGUUUUAUGUGUCUGAUGUGACCACAUUUUGGUUAGCCAGGAAAAUGCAAAUGCUUAUAAUGGAAAACAUCACAUUUGCCAGUAGUAGUACCCACUGUAAAAUAUAUUUGCAUGUGGGCAAGAACUGAAAAAGUAUCUAGGGAUAAACGAGUAGAAUGGAUUUGUUAGAUAACGGGGUAAUGAGUGGGUUUUAUAGUUUAUUUGGUGUUACUGUAAUACUUUAAUGAAGGUAUUUUUAAAUAUGAAAAAAGUAUCUAGUUUCUUUAUUCCACCAUUAAGGAAACUUUAGAAGUACCUGAUACAAACUUUGCCAUUAAUUCUAAGUUAUUUUGGGUUAUAGAGUUGUACUCUUUGAACAGGGUGCUAAAGACUCCUGUGAGUUUGAAAAGUGAUUCUCUGGACAUUGGGACCUAGAGGAACUUUGGGUAUUUCGAACACACCAGGGAGGGUCUCCGUUUGAGUGGGAGCAGGCACCUGGGUGAUGCUUGGAGCAGGUAUGCUCGGGGUGUAAACACAGUACUACCUGAAUCACCUUCGUUCCAAAGUGACCUGUUGUCUUUAUAAAGAAGACUUGGGCCCUGACCAUUGUGGAUCAGUUGAUUGGGCCUCAUCCCACAAAUGAAAAGGUCACAAAUUCAGUCCCCUGUCAGAGUACAUGGCUAGGUUGAGGGCGGACAAUCAAUGUUUCUCUCUCACAUCCGUGUUUCUUUGCCUCUCUUUCCCUCUCUCUAAAAUCAAUAAGCAUGUCCUCAGGUGAGGCUAAGGGAAAAAAAGCAGACUUGGUGGUUAAGAGCAUUAAGCUUAAAUUAGACUUAAGUUGAAAGCCCGGCUCUGCCCUAAACUGGCUGGGCAAACUUAGGCAUGUUGCCUAGCUCCUCUGCCAGCCUCUGGAUCUCCUCUGUAAAUUCGGGGUAAUACUACUGACCUUGUAGGGUUGGGGUGAGCAUUAAAUCAGCAGACAUAUAAACAGUUUAGAAUAGUGCCUGGCAUACUAAGUGCUUUACACUUCUUAACUGUGAUUACUAAUAUUGUUACUGCUUCACCCUCGUGUCAUUUAAAACCUCCUGAGUGCUGAGGAGAACUCCUUGGAUUCUCAAUUCCCUUCCAGUCAUACAUGUUUUUCCCUUUUAGAUACAUCAGAAUUUAUCCACCUGAGGAUAUCACUGACCCAUAGUGGGUGUAUGGAUUCAUUUCUGAGGAUCAGUUAACAAAUUUUAAAAUUUUAUGCAAAAUCAUUGUGUUCAUGCAAAGGUUUUUCUCUUCUUGGGAGAGGAUCCUAAGCUACAGAUUCUCUGGUAAGUCCAUGAUUUGGGAAGAGAAUCUGUCUUAAUUCUGUUUUAUUGUAUAAAUGGCUCUCCUGUGUGUAGGGACUGACCAUUAUUUGCCAUUUUCUAGCAAACAAAAUGUCUGUUAAAUGCUCAGUGAUUGGUUUUUGAAUGAUAAAUAUUGUUGAGACCGAACAAAAUCUUUGUCUUUCCCAGGAGAAAAAUCUAGAAAUGAUUGUUAGCAUCAUGAGACAGCAGAACUACAAGGAACAGGGACCGUUUAACUGGUGCUCUCCAUGGUGCAGUUGAGACACUGUGAGUUGGCUCAGGGCCUCGAGUUUUGAGUGAAGUCAGACCCAGACCUGCAUCGCAGGUCCCUCGGUCACUGCUGCCCUCUCAGUGCUCGUGUGCCAUCGACACACGUGACAUCUUCCUCUCAGAGCCGAUUUUCAUUGUAAGCAGUGGCUCUUUGUAGGAAUGGAAGAGUAGUUCCUUCACUGAGCCCUGUAGGCUUUCUGAUAGCCAAUGGCUCACUCUUUCUUAACUGUAAAAUGGAGGUGCUACUAGUAUCUACCUCAGAGAGUUGUGUGGGUUAGUGUGAUAACGUGUAUAACGUACUUGCAACAGUACCUGGCACAUAGUAGUACUGUAUGUGUUGUAAUGUGGGAGGCGAUGUGUCUAUGGAUGAUCAAUGAAAUGUUAAUUAUGAUAGUGUAAAAUUUAUAGUAUAUAAAUGUAUAAUAGCAAGAUGGUUAUUUAUAGUUUAUCUAUGUAAUAUUAUGCAAAGAGAAAGUUUGGUAACAGGAAAAAUGUUGAUGAUGUUAUGUGUUAGGAAAAAGCAUGAUAAAUAAUUGUCAAUAUGGAAUAAGUUCAAAUAUAUAAAAAAAUAAAUUGUAAAAAAUGGAACUUGCUCAAAACUCUAAAGAACUUUGUUAGGAGAUUAAUUGCAGUUAACCUACAUAUUAGGAGAUUUGGCAUUUACUUUUUAACUUUUCUGUUCUUUCAAAAGUCUUUAAAGAAUACCUAUUACUUUUAGGACCAGGAAAACAGUCUUGAAGGUGACGGAAUAUUUUCUCUUCCAAAGGUCUUAUCUACAAAUAAGCUAGGAUUUUAAGGGAAUUGGGUGAGGUCACAGGAUUCAAGAUCAACACAUGGUAAUCAAUUUCAUUUCUAUUCCAGCAUUGCACAAUUUGGAAAUGAAGUCAGAAAUAGAAUCUCAUUUACAAUGGUACAAAAAUGUGAAAUACAUAAAUUAAUGAAUUAAGCAAGUUCUGUAUAGUAAAAAAGUGUAAAGCAUUUCUGAAAUUCCAGAACACAUACUCCAGAAUACAUACUGGAUGAUAAAUGGAGUAAUACGCUGUGGUCAAAGAUUGGAAAACUAAAUAUUGUUAAGAUGGCAGUUCUCCCCAAAUUAAUUUUUAGAUUCAGAGGCAUUUGUGUGGAAUUGGACAAGCUAAUCAAAAGUGUAUAUGGAAAUUUAAAGGACCUAGGAUUAUCAGAGCAAUUUAAAAAUAAAAGAACAAUGUUGGAGGGCUUCCACUGCCUGAUUUCAAAGUUUGCUCUAGAACCACAGUAAUAAAAUGUUGGUAUGAGGAUAGAUACAGAUCAGUAAAACAUGAGUCCAGAAAUGGACCUACACAUACAUUGUCAAGUACAUUUUGAUAAAGUGCCAAAAUAAUUCAAUGUGGAAAAGAUAGUCUUUUAAACCAAUGAUGUUGUUAAAAACUGAAUAUUUUUAUUGGGGGGAAAACCUUUUACAUAAAAAUAUUUUUUCAAAACGCAUCACAAACCUAAAUGCUAAAGUUAAAACCUUCAGAUAUCUGGAACAAAAGAGAAUAUAUUUAUGGCCCUGGUCUAGGGAAAGAUUUCUUAUAGCACAAAAAUCAUGAAUCAUAAAGGAAAAAUGGUCAGUUGGACUGCUUAAAAUUAAAAACUUCAGGUCUUUUGAAAACACCAUCAAGAACAUAAAAAAUGCAAUCCAUAGACUAGUACAUAUUCACAAUACAUGUAUCUGA